AUGGACGACGACGGCUGGGGCUCUCCCUGGGCAAACGACGCUUCUGCCUCCACCACUUUUGACUCUGCACCCAGCUUCGCCUCGCCACCGCCAGACAACGACGAGGUCGGGUUUGACGACUUCGGCGACGUCCAGCAGCCCUCCGCCGAUCCCGCCUCCACCGAUGACUUUGGCGACUUUGGCGACUUUGACGAGGCGCCCCAGGACCAGGCUGGGUUUGCGGGAGAUGCGGCGUUUGAGGAUCAGGCGCAGCUGGCCGGGCCGUCGCACUGGGACGCCCUCGUGCUCGACCCGCUCCCGCCCCGGGCAGAGCUCAGGGAUCAGAUCGAGAACAUCCUCGCACCCGUGUGGGCGUACGACGAUGUCGGGAGCGCGUUGAGCGACGAGCCGAUACGGGAAGUCGGUGGACUCGCACAGGUUCUCGUCACGCCCGAGAGCCGGUCCUUGUACCAGACCCUCCUCUCCUCCGCCCCGCCGCUCUCCGGUCCCGUCAACUGGACACGGAGCCGCGUCAGGAGACAACACCUCAUCAGCCUCGGCAUACCCGUCAACCUCGACGAGGUCCUACCUCAUGCCGGCGGCAAGCCUUUGCCUGCACUCCAGAUCACAACCCGUCCCAUGAGCGCGCCCCCAGGCGCACGACCCGGUCAUCACCCAAACGGCAGUGCAAGUGCAGGUGGCUCCAGGAGAGGCUCUCCGGCGCCGCGCGGGCCGGCAGAGCGCUUGGGCCUCGGUCCCAAACCUGCCAUAGACGAGCCCAAGAUCGAGCACUUGCUAUCACUCGGCUACGAUCAACUAUCACUACUCCCUCUCCCCAUUCUUGAAAAGCACCUCGCAGACAUGCGCGCACAAACGGCCGCUACUUCAUCCCUCCUCACAUAUACCCUACAGACCCGCGACGCUCUACAGCAAGAUUCGGAGAUGUACAACAAGCUCAUCGGAGAGCUCAUCGGAGAAGCGCAAAAGCAGAAGACCGGCAAGAGCCUGUCACGAGGACCGUCGAGGAGAGGGACGAUGCAGUAA